GCUGCUGCUACUGUACUAAUGGUUACGAAAUAGAAGACUUGGUUUCGAGGAUAUUAUCAAAACAGUGAACAGGUCUGUAGAUGCUGUUGUCAUGCAGAUACCUGCCUCCUCCUGUGGCAGUGGGAAGAUGUGCUUCUACAAUACAAGCUGGUGUACAACAGUUUGUUCCUGCAAGUGGCUCCUUUGACUCCAGUGCUUUGGAACAGCUCCAGGCCUUUAUAUCACAGGCUUCUCGUCUGUUUGUAAUAAGCGGUGCCGGACUCUCCACUGAAUCGGGUAUUCCAGACUACAGGUCAGAGGGAGUGGGACUGUACGCACGGACUAACAGACGGCCUAUGCAGCACUCUGAGUUUGUGCGCAGUGAGAAAUCCAGGCAGAGGUACUGGGCGCGAAAUUAUGUGGGGUGGCCACAGUUUUCUUCGCACCAGCCUAACUCAGCACAUCUCGCAUUACGGGACUGGGAAGAAAAGGGAAAACUGCACUGGCUUGUGACUCAGAAUGUAGAUGCCUUGCAUUUAAAGGCUGGACAACAGAGACUGACUGAACUGCAUGGAUCUACCCAUAGGGUUGUGUGUUUGGACUGUGGUGAACUGACUCUUCGUGCUGAGCUUCAGAAGCGUUUCACAGCCUUGAACCCCGGCUGGGAAGCGACUGCAUGUGCGGUGGCUCCAGAUGGAGACGUGUUUCUGGAGGAGGAGCAGGUGCUGAACUUCAGAGUGCCUGCAUGCAACGCUUGUGGUGGCGUUCUCAAACCCGAGGUCACCUUCUUUGGGGAUGUGGUCAAGCGGAAUACAGUUCACUUUGUGCAUAACAAGCUGGCCGAGUCUGAUGCUGUGCUUGUUGCUGGAUCUUCUCUUCAGGUGUUUUCAGGGUACCGAUUUCUCCUCGCUGCUAGUGAAAGAAAACUCCCAAUAGCCAUUGUGAAUAUUGGAGCUACACGAGCUGACCAUCUGACUGACAUCAGGGUGAGUGCUCGAUGUGGAGAAGUGCUGCCAGCCAUUAAACUGUCCUGACAAACUCAAGCCAUUAACAUUAAAUCCUCAAGAUUACUGGAGUAUAUUUUGAUUUGGUUCUAGGCUGCUUGCAUAAUAUAACAGAUUCCUACCUCAGCUCUCUAAAAAUCUAAAAAUGAUCAAGAUUUUGGAGGUUAAAGUGUGAUACAGAAUACAUCACUUGCACUGAGUAAAGUUGAAUAUUUUAUGUAUUUAUUACUUAUGAAGUGGGUUCAGGUCUGUUUUCUCAUUUAAAAUAUUUCUGAAAUGUAAAGAUUACUCCUGAUAAAUAAAUAUGGGAAACACUGAUGAUCAUGUUGAUAUUUGAAAUGAUCUGAAGAUGAUGUGUUUUGAUUUUAUGUAAUAAUGACAGUUUCAUUAAAGAUGAAUGACUAUGAUUAUGUAAUAUUUAUAUGUUAGUGAAUGAACCAGGAUGUUUUUUUUUAAACGCACUGGAACAUAAUAAAAUUAUUCAUUAUUUGUUGUGUCUGACACAAAUAAAAAUAAAGGUAAAGUAA